CGGUCGCCGCAGCCCCUGCCCCUGCCCCUUGGCAGCCCAGCCGCGGGGCCCUGUAGAGCGGGCCCGGACCAUGGGCUCCCACCCGCUGCUGCCGUUCGAGCUGGCGGCCGAGCUCUGCGGCAGCCCGCUGCAGGUGGAUGCCCCGAGCCUGGUGCCCGAGUGGCAGGUGCUGCUCAAGCGGGCCGACGCGCUGGCCUACGGGGGCCGGCUCCACGAAGCCUGCCAGCUCUACCAGCUGGCCUCCCGCCACCAGCAGCUGCGGGCGGAGCAGCUGGAGAAGCUGGUGGAGUGCCUGGCGCAGGGCGUGCGGCUCCGGGAGCAGCUGCCCGCCUGCUGUAGCGGCGGGGGCAGCCUCCUGCAGCCCCGGGACUGGGAUAUCUUCAGCUGUCGCAAAUGCCAGGGCUUCCUCUUCGAGCCCGUCUCUUUGCCUUGCGGACACACGUUUUGCAAAAAGUGCCUGGAGCGGGAGAGGGCCACCGAGACCCGCUGCGCCCUGUGCAAGGAAGAAGGGGGCUUGGCGGCCGGGCAGCACCUCCGCGUCAAUGUCAUCCUCAGCAACCUGCUGGCCAAGUGGUUCCCCGGCCAAGUGACGGCAUCGCAGCUCAGGCACGAAGGGAACCUCUUAUAUAAGGAGAAGAAGCUGCAGGCUGCCCUGCAGAAGUACAAUGAAGCAGUCAGCCUCGCUCCAAAUGACCAUUUAUUAUAUAGCAACCGGUCCCAGAUUAAUUCUACUUUGAAAUCUUAUGAAGAUGCAUUGCAUGAUGCAGAAACAGCAUGCAGGCUCCAACCGUAUUGGUCAAAGGGUCACUUAAGGAAAGGACAAGCAUUAGCUAAUGUGGGCAAAAUAGAAGACUCUUUAAGAGAGUUUCUGUUUUGCCUUGCCCUGGAUUUUGGGAACAGGACAGCUAAAUCAGAGGCUCAAAAGCUUCUACUUAGUUUAUUUUCACCCAUCCCGGGAAAUGCUCAGGAACACUUACCAGAUACCCUGCAGCUGUUGUCACCUCACCCUAGAUUGAAGGGGAACCUUCUAAAUUCAGUGGGAUCUGGAGACAGCAGCCAUAACUUACCAAGAUUGCUCAAGGUAAAUGUGGAACAGAAAAAGUGUUUCCCUGCUCAGGAAGAACAAAAAAUGACUGACUGUGGCAGUUUGAGAAAAUCCAUUCAGAUGAUAGAAAGUGUAAAAGGCUGCUCAGAAGAUGAGAACAAACAUGACUCCGCCCCAGAGUCUGCACUUCUCAUUUCUGAGAAAUGCAGCCUUCUGAAGAGAAAGCACUGCUCUGAGGAAGUGAGAAGUGCUGACGUGCCCUGCAAACUCAUGAAGAAAGGUACAAUUGAUGCCAAGGGCUCUAGUGCUGGGUGCCGCGUUCCAUUUGAAUUUGUGGACCCCUCUGACCUGGAUUGCUCUUUGUGUAUGAGGCUUUUUUAUGAACCUGUCACCACGCAUUGUGGGCACACCUUCUGCCUGAAAUGUCUUGAAAGAUGCCUAGAUCACAACCCAAAAUGUCCCCUGUGCAAAGAAGGUCUUUCUGAGUGCUUGGCUCUGAGGAAAUACUGCAAAACAGUACUGAUGGAGGAGUUAAUAGCGAAGUAUCUUCCAGAGGAACUCACUGAGAGAAGGAAGAUUUAUGAAGAGGAAAUUGCAGAGCUUUCCAACUUAAAUAAGAACGUUCCCAUCUUUGUCUGCACAAUGGCCUAUCCUACAGUCCCUUGCCCUCUGCACAUCUUUGAGCCAUGUUAUCGACUGAUGAUUCGAAGAUGCAUGGAGACUGGCACCAAGCAAUUUGGAAUGUGUAUCGGUGAUCCUAUCAAGGGGUUUGCUGAUUAUGGCUGCAUUCUGGAGAUCAGAAAUGUUGAAUUCUUUGCUGACGGUCGCUCUGUAGUAGACAGCAUUGGCAAGAGGAGGUUUAAGGUGGUAGAGCACAGCCAGCGUGAUGGAUACAACACAGCAGAUAUUGAGUACAUUGAGGAUCAGAAGGUGCAAGGAGAGAGCUAUGCUGAGUUACUUGUUCUACAUGAUUCUGUAUAUGAUCAGGCUUAUAUGUGGUUUAACUCACUCAAACAAGCACUCAAGAGUCGAAUUCUCAGUCAUUUUGGUCCAAUGCCAGCUAAGGAUCCUGACCCACAGGCUAGCCCCAAUGGCCCUGCGUGGUGCUGGUGGGUCCUUGCUGUCCUUCCACUUGAGAGUAGAGCUCAGCUUCCGUUUCUUGCCAUGAAAUCCCUGAAAGACCGCUUGAAUGGCAUCAGACGUGUCCUUACGUUUAUGUCCCAUACACGGUCACGAUGAUGCGGAGAACCAGCUGUGAAGCCUCUUGCAAUACUGGACUGGAGUUUCUCUUGUAACUAUAUCUGACUGCAAUACUGUCUUAUGGAUUUGUGUGUCAAAACAGGACAAGUUUUGAAGUCUAACUUUCAAAGGAAAUAAAAUAUGAAGAGCCAAGGAUAUUUACAGAUCAUCCAGUAGUAUCCAUUUGAUCUCUGAACUUUCUUGAGACGAGUAUUCAAUUGUUGCACUGCUAGGCUAUUAUCUGUUAUAUAACAGAACAAAGUGGUCUUGUUUGCCAUAAACCUUUUGAAAGUUUGAGGUGAGUUUCCUGUAGUACUAAAGGAAAUCUGUGCGGUUUAAUGUGAAAAAGAAAUACUGAUAGUGUUAAAGCAUUAUUUCAAUGAACUGCAAAGUCUUUUAUUCCAAAUGGUUCAGGUUUAUAUAGCAUUGUGUAUUAUAAUGUCCACAACUUCUGUUUGAUCAUUUAUUUUUGCACUAUGUCUUUUUUGGUUUCCAAAUGUAUAUUUGUAAUUAUUUGUGUACAUUCUCUACACAGAAAGUAAGCUGCUCUAUUUAUUUAUGGUGUCUUACCAUGUAUGAAUGACUAGGGGAAAAGAUAUUAAGAAUACACAAGCUACUACUUCGGUCAUUUUUUCAAUACAUUUGUGUUUUGAGUACUUUGAAUGUUUUUCUACUAUCUCCAGUGAUCUAUAUUCUAAGAAGGAUUGCCCCCAACACAGCCAGCCAUGAAUAUGCAGGCUUUGUCUGAAAGAGUUCAUUGUUGCUGGGUAGAGUUUGAUCCUACAAUCUUAACUGGUCCCCAAUCAAGCAAAGCACUUCAGCAUAUGCUUAAGUGUAUUUGGGGCUUUGGGUAAUAAACUUCAGUGGGCUUUGCCCAGAGAGAUGACUGAAGGAUCCAGCCAUUAAUUUUGCACAAUAUAAAGAGUAGCACUAUGCAGCAGUUUGCAGUGAAAUGUUGUAUUUGAAUUGCUAUGAGAGUAUUGCAGCUACCUACAAACACAAUGCAGGAGCUGAUAGGUGUAAAGCAACCUUUCACAAAAGAGAACUAGAGAGGGGUAUUUCACUUCAGGUUGAUAUAAAGAAUCUCUAAUAACCCUUUUACAUGUUAAGAUCUUAUGUUUGUAGUUAAUAUUAUUUUUUGCUAUGUAGGGCUCCAGGAGGGCUCACAAGAAGGAAGGUAUUUUAAUAAACUUUCUAUUUAUUCCACCUCCACCUCCAGAUUUUUCCAUUAGCCACAAGUCUCUACCUGAUCUUUGUGUCUCCUGUCAGACUGAGCAGCUUGAUAGCUAAUGGUUAAAACCCCAAAGGCAAUUGAAAACUGGGUUUCACUUUUUCUGCAUCUUUUGCACUGUGUAAGAUUUUGGGCCUGAUCUUGCUUCCAUUAAAGUCAGUUGGAGUUCUGCUAUGGACUUAAGUGGGAGCAAGUUUGGGUCUUUGUAUCUAAGCUAUGGAUCUCUCUUCAGAGAGCAAGUAGGAUGGAUGAAAAUUCAUGAUAUUGCCCAGAAUAGUGUUUAUUAGUGCAUACCCUUCUGGAAAAGUCCUGUAGAAUUUAAUAGACUAUUGUCUUCUUUCCAUAGGCUUUUAAAAUCAUUUUAGUUUGAGAUAAUUUAUUUUAUUUCAGUUUUAUAGUUUUGAGUAAUUUAUGAACCCUGUUAAGUUUCUGUAGAAUGUAGUUUUUCAUCCUUAUUAAAUUCUACGGCACUCUUCUUUAAGUGCCGUAGGAACAAAUUGUCUCACGUUUCAGUAUUCCAUCUAGUGAGGCAGAUUGAAAGUAUAUUUUGUUGUUGCUUUAGCUACCUUGUAAAUACUACAGGAAACUCAUUUCCAUGCUGUUAGUUUGCUACACUUUUCUGUGGAUGGUACUGUGCCUGUUUGUGAGAAUAAUAUAUGUACAGGGCUUCUGUUUUGGGGGUUUAUUAAUUUCAUUUUUUGGCAUUUGUUUUGAGUUCUAUGUAGAUAUCCAAAAAUGGGGCUUUUCUCUUUGUAUAUACACUUAGUACGGUUUCAAACAGCAUUACAUUAGCAGGCACUAGGGAACCUUUUAGUGUGAAUCAACUGGGUCUAUGCAGACCAAUUAGUGUGCAAUAUACUAGUGAACUUCAGAAAUCACACAUCCCUAGUUCACAUUAAUGCUCUGUGUUGGCAAAUCCUUACAAGCCAAUGAGCAGGGACAUCGCCUAUAUAAACAAACUGCACUAUGAAACAGGUGAAGUCAACAUGAAUUGAGUAACCAUUUCCAAUUUCUUUUUUAAUUGCGAUGUUUUAUCCAUGUCUAUUAAAAACCAAAAAUCGGAAGCCUUACAUAUGUAUUAUGUACACCUGUUUUAAACUGUAAAAUGCACAGUGGCUGCUGUCUGCAAUGGCAUCUGUGUCUUCAUAAUGAAGAAAACAGAUGAGUCACUUCCAGAGUGACUUCUCAUCUCAGUUGCAGGUGAUGUCACAGUAAAUGUAGUUCUGACCGAAGCCAUUUCUGUAUUAGUAAUGUAUAACUUGAGACCAGUCCUGCUUCCAUACAAGUCAGUAGGUGUUUUUGGUCCUCACAUCCGUGGCAGCAGGAUUCAGUCUUUAAGUAUGUUGUAUUUUGGGGCUGUUUUCUCGCUGAUUUUUUUUUUUUUUGCUCUUUUCUGCAUGCUAGAACUUCUGUUACACAUUCAUGUUACUGGUUCACAGGUAACUAUGGAGAGUCCUUUACACUUGACAAUGCCUAUUUUUAAAAUAGGCCAGCCCUUUCCAUCACCCUCAGUGAGUUGAGACCACCACGUUUCAACUCUUUUGGAGUGAAUUACAGAACAUCUACCAGUUUCUACAUACACCACUGUGUAGUGUUUAUUUUUGAGAUACAGUAAAUUUGGCAUCUUUUCUGAAAUGUGAGACAAUAGCUUUAACAGUCACUUAAAUUUUAUAUACUAUGUUGAUCUGAUAGUAUACUUAUUAUUCUUACCAUCAAGUUGUGCCCAGAACUAGGUGUACUAACCUACUAUAGAAUAAAAACAAACUCAAAAGUAUUGAUCAAGUUUUGACUGCACACCAAAUACAAGCUUGGGUUCAUAGUUCUUUAAUAGCAUAGGGUAAAAUUUGCCCCUAUGUAGCAAACCCAUUUAAAUCCCAUUUAACCCCUGUUUUGGGGUUUAAACAACAUGUAUGCUUUUUGCUGGUCGUUCACACAGGUUAAACUUUCACUGGAGCUCAAUUCAGCAGACUUGAAGUCACCAGCAAAAGUUUGAUUUCAGGGGGGAGUUUGGUCCCCAGUGACAAUCAAAUGAGAGAAAAAAGCUCAAACCAUAGCUGAAUGAAAGCCAUCUGCCAUACAAAUAUUGUAGGGCAAGCCAAAAAGCAGCCCGAGCAUGGGUUUCCUGAAAGUUUUAGUCAUUUACAUUUGUUUGAUAUGAUGACUUUGUUCAUUUGCGACCUUCACCAUUUGAGAUGUGAUUAGUUCAAAUGCAUGAAAAUAACUUAAUAUCGGUCAUGUCAUUAUGCCACAUUCCUAGGUAGGUGGAGGGACAUAAGUCAAAUUUCUUCAGUAAAUUUGUUUUCAUGACACUAAGUACAAGGCAGACUCAAGCUAAAUGACUCCUUCCUGCUUAGUGCACUACUUCAUCUAACAACAAAAAACGAUGAUGGGAAAACAUGAAUGGGGGGGGGGGGGAAAUACAGUAUUUCUCUUGGCCAGCUCAACUUGGCCAAAAAACUAAAAAUGGGUGAGAACGGAACAGAGUAGAUAGAGCCUGAUUCUGAUCUCAUUGACAUGUGUAAAUCGGAAGCAACUGCACUUAAGGCAAUGGAAUUACACCAGUAUAAAACUGAUGCGAGAACAGACUCAAGCAAAAGGUUCAGCAGACCCUGCUGGAAGUCAGACCUGGUUAGCCUCAUGGUGGUAGCACUGGAGUUCCCUUUUCUUGAGUGCUAUUUUUUUUAUUAGCUGUUAAGCUGACAGCUGGGAUUUCUCAUUGCAAAGUGGCUGGUCCGUGCUUGGGCUACCCCUCUGUCCUAUAUGAGUAUUUAUUAGCCUUUAGAGCGUGUAUGAACCACUAAUUUGUUAAUCCAAUAAUUUUAAUCUUGGUAAAAAUGGAGUUUGACAGAUUUGUAUUUACUGGGUCUGAAUCUGUUAUAGAUAGUGAGGUAUAGAGGUUAGAGAGCAUUUAUAAACUGAAGUUUUAUAUUUUGGAUAUGGUCACUCAAUCAUUUCUUUGAUACUGGAAUUUUACCAGUGUUUAAACUAGUUAAUGAGGGCCACAGGUACAUUUUCAAUGCCUUGUUUUUUGGGGGGUAGUGGAGAGAGUGAUUCAUGUAGCUUUUGUGAAAAUAGGCAAAACAUCUAUCUAAGUAACCUGAGUCUAGUUUGUGCAAAAUUCAGUAGGAAUUAUAUGCAUUUAGGGUCUGAGACAAUUGUGUCAAUAGACUCGCAUUGACUUCAUUAGGGGGUUGGAUCAAGCCCACAAAGACUGCAGGCUCAAGAAGAAUGCAGAAAAGUACCUUUGUAAAUGAAAUCCUCUGCCAAGAUUUGCAGGAUAAAUAUUGCCAAUAUACGAGAAACCAGAUUGUUUAAUACAGGAUUUAAUUCUUAAAUGGCUGAUGCACAAAAGCUGAACUAUUACACUGAGGUCUUGUCUACAUGGCAGUGCAGUGGUAACUACAGCGGUGUGAACUGUAGAGUAUGCUCUCAUGGUCCUAUGUAGACCCUCCUGGUGUGAACUAGAAAGUACCUAGUUAGCGCUGCUGUAGCCCUAUUUGAAACAGGGCAAGUACUACUUAGUUCACACUAGCAGGGUAUACAGGGGUCAGAGCACAAGUUAGCAUAUUCUGCUGUUCACACCCCUGUCAUUAGUACUGCCCUGCAGUGUAGACAUGCCCAGAGUUAUACAUGCACGUAUCAUGUACAGAAGUGCUUACUAAUAUCUGAGGAGUUUUCAUAGGGUCUAAAUUAACCCUCAAAUAGAAGUGCCUGUAUUUCUGUGUUGCUGGUUGCCAUUCUUAAUCUUCAAUCAUAGCCUACCCCCCCACCCCUUUUUAAUUCUUGACAGCAGAUUGGAGGAACACAAGUUUACAGAGCAGUACUGUGGCAGAAACAAUGUAAUCGUUUUACAUAUAUCUACUGGAAGAAAAAAAGCCGGUGGAAAAAUCAUUUAAGAUAUCUUCAUGUGAUGCUGUAGACUUGUCCUAUUUAAUACCAUCAAGCUAUGUGGUUAUUAGAGAGCCAGAAAUAAAAUAUCUAUCAAGUCAUUUUAAAUAGUGACAAAUUUCUUUGGGGGCUUGUGUAUUCUACUUGUGUGUAAAGCAUCCUUUUAUUUUUCUUGCACUAAUGAACUUGAAGUGAAAUUAAAUUCAAUUAGUCAUUGAACAGCAGUACUAUUCCACUACCUCUACGUAAGUUUGACAUCUUUUUUUUCCCAUUCAUGUUAUGUUCAAGAUAUUAAUUUCAUAGUUCUGUCAGCCUAUGUAUCCAGUAGUACUAAUUAUGUUGUAUGGACAUAAGUCUGUAUGGAUACUUGUUUGCUAAUUAAAAUUUGUGUUCUUUA